AUGAGCUCGACAAACUUCGCCGCUGCACAGGAGCGGGUUCUCGAGCGCCGACGCCUUCGCGAGGCGGAAGCGCGUGCCCGCCGUGCGGAACAGCAACGGGCAUCUCCGAUCGACCCUGCCGCCGUCCAGCGCCUGCCUUACCCGCUGAAUCGUGUCCCAGGUGCCGGAUGGAUGCUAUGGAAUUCAGUCAAAGGCCGAGACGGGACGCGCCCGGCAUUUCGUGUCGGCCAGGUCGAUGCCGAGUUGCUGGAUGAGGAGCUGCUGGGCUUGAUGAAAGGUCAGGUCGGGGAUGCGCUGAAAUACUUUGGGCCUCAAAUGCGAGAGGACUGGUCACAUGAGAUCCAAUUCGCGCUACGGGCGAUUCUCUUCAAACUCUCGAUUUGGGACCACAAUGCGUCAUAUGGAGCGGCCCUACAGGGUCUCCAAUACACUGAUAGCCGAAGCAAGGGCCCCGUCCACUCUUCUCCCACAAAGUGGCAGAAGGCAAUGUACGGCUUACUGACUGUCGGUGGGCGUUAUGCCUGGGACAAGUGGGAGAGCUGGUUGAUUGGACAGGAAGGUGGCUAUGAAGAGCCAUCACAGGACGUCCGAAUGUUCUCACGCAUUACGGAUUUGGUCUCCACGACACACUCCAUCGCCGCCUUCGUUUCAUUCCUGGUAUUUCUGGUGAACGGUCGCUACCGAACCCUCGUCGAUCGCAUCCUCCGCAUUCGCCUCACACCACCAUCUGCUCAGGCCAGUCGGGAGGUUUCUUUCGAAUACCUUAACCGGCAGCUGGUCUGGCACGCAUUCACCGAAUUCCUGCUGUUCUUGCUUCCUCUCGUUGGGAUUAGUCGCUGGAAGCGAUGGGUGUCUCGCGCAUGGCGGAAAAUGGUCAACGCGCUUAAGUCGAGCGGGGAUGAUGAGGAGGCGACCGAGAAGCAGGGAGAACUGGCCUUCCUUCCGGAACGGACGUGUGCAAUCUGUUAUCGGGAUCAGAACCCCGCUGCGACGACGGAAAGCGAUGUUCUGGCAGCCUCCGCGGGAGCGGGUGGAAUCUCCGGCUCCGCACAGACCGACAUCACUAAUCCGUAUGAGACAAUUCCCUGUGGCUGCAUCUAUUGCUUUGUCUGUAUUGUGCAAAAGCUGGAGGCGGAAGAAGGCCAAGGCUGGAUCUGUCUCCGAUGUGGUGAGGUUGUGAAGAAAUGCCAGCCAUGGAAUGGCGAUGUGCUAGAAGAGGCUCGAUCACAGCCCGGCACUGGCAAGAUUGUCGGGUUCGUCAUGGACGACGAGCCACGCGGCGAUACUCAGGAGACAGACGAGACUCAGGGAAAGCCUGGGAAGUCCAGUCCCCUAGAGGAAAUUACCGCUGACGAAGCUUUGCAGCAUUCCGGCCAGUGGUCCACUGAAGAGAAGGAACCCGCCGAGGAUGAGCAUACUACAACUGCAGCAAAUGGCUCUGCCGAAGACCAGGAGAAGUUUUAA